GCCAUUCGCAAAUGAAGACCCGUGGGAGUUGCAUCGGGCGCUAUACCAAUCGGUGGUGUUGGGCAUGUUCCAAUUCGACAUGGAGUACAAGCACCUCAACAUUGGCAAGCAUUUGCUCAUGUACUACGUGAUUGCGAAACCCAAGCCGGAACUGAAGGAGGGGACGGUGACGUUAUACCUGUUCGGUAAUAUUGGAACGGACAGGCCGGGACUGUUGGAGCUUAUCCAUAUCGAGCUGCUUUCCAUUGCACAGGUGAUCGCCAGUGAGGAAGGCGACCUCCAACUCCGGUUACGGGCGACAUCGGCUCCAACAAGAAUGUACCACAAGGUGGUCAUACCGGAUUACAUCGUGCGGACGGGAGAAAAGGUGAUAGACCUCAAAGAAGCAGUUGUGUCCUCCCUUGUCCUAUCCAACACCAGCGCCCCUGAAGACACCAAGGAAGGCCCUCAAGAAGAGGUGUCGGCAACCAUCGUCGGAAUAGCAAGGAAGCUAAGUAGGACCAGGGGAAGAAGUAGUCCAGCCAGUGCCUGCCCGGAAGUCUGACCCCGUUCCGAAGAGUAAAGCCACACCGAUAGA